CGGCAUACAAAAAAAUGGUGGAUUUAGUGGACGACCGAAAUUCAUAUAAAAUUGAGUUACAAAUCAAGAAUAAAGACGACAAUGAUAUCUAUUAUAAGCGCGAUGGCCAGCGUUUUGACAGUGAAUAUACACUCAAAUUUAUGGUCGAAAAUAAUUAUGAAUUUACAGUUACUGUGAAGCCAUCUCUGCCUUUACAAAGUGUGUCGGUGCAGGGGUCAGGCGUAUCGGUGACCGACAAAUCACAAGAGAACGGUAGCUCUACCUACUUGUUCUCGUGGGACUCGACUAAAAUCGACGCAAAUAAGAAAAAAGACAGAAACAAAGUACAACUGUUGCUACAAUUUCAAGGAGGACUCACACUAGUCAUACCAUUGCAGGUAAAGUUUUAUAAGAGUGAGGACACUCAGCAUCUAACGUGGGGAACACCAUUGCAUCACAUCGACUACGAGUGUCGCGUCAAACCCGGACAAACUUAUGUGGAUAUUAUUAAAACUAUCUUUAGAUAAGCAGU